AUGAUACGUUCAGAGUACGAAAAGAAGCAAGAGGAGACAAAGAAGGGAAAAGAGAAGCAGAAGUCCUCAGAAAAAGGGAAAGCCCCAGAUCAAAGCGAAAUAGAUGAGAAAGAGCUUUCCUCCAAAAUAUCAGAGGCAGAGGCCCUAGAUCUAUGCAUGCUGGAUACAGAGGAAUUUGCACAGGAGCUAACCCAGACAGAAGUGAAAAUCUUGAUGGAUAUAACACCUGUUGAAAUACUUAAGUUCAGCUAUGACAACGAGGCAGAAAUGUCGCCUACUUUUGUUGGAUACAUGAAAUUCACAGAUGCUCUAUCCGCGUAUGUUGCAACCAGCAUUCUUGACUGCCAAGAAGCACAGUCUAAAGCCAGCUCUGGCAGAGAAAGAAGACAGUUUCACGCACAGAGCGAGAUGGAGGCCGCACAAGCGCACUGGAAGGACGUAAUGGAAAAGCUGCUUGAUAGAAACAAUCUAAACAGUCUGAAUGCGAUUUUUCGGGGGCUGAUGAAAACAAGCCCUGCCAGAAUACUAAAGGAGCAAAUUCUGGACUUGUACAGCAAGGCCUCUGAGAACGUGUCUCAGAGUACAGAAAAGGACCUGCAGGUCCAGAACAUGCUCUAUAUUAGAGAUGUAAAGACACUGGAGAAGCAUCUGAUUGAUGCGAGCUACAACCAAAAUGAUAAAGACACGCCUGCCAAGUUUAGACGCAUCAUUGAGUACUUAAACUAUGUGCGGGCGCACUCUUCAGCUGAGAUUGACGAAAAAAUCAACCACGCUAUAAUAAGCACACUGAGAAACACGAAAGACAUUCGCAUCUCCGCUGGAAAGACUAACUCAGUGUUUUUCUCUGGGUGCUUUUUAUUUUUGGAGCACUCUUCUUAUAUUUCAUUAGAAUGA